AUGGCUACCCCCACGCCCCGGCUCUACUUCGCCUAUGGCUCGAACCUCUCCCCGACCCAGAUGGCCUUACGCUGUCCUUCUUCUGUCCCUGUCGGCCUGGCCCACCUCCCGGACUAUACUUUCAUCAUUAACUCCCGUCAUUACGCCAACGUCGUCCGUGUCGCCCCGACCUCCGGAACUCACGCGGUAGCUGCACCCGGAGGUAGCAACAGCAGCAGCAGUAGCAGCGGCGGUGACAACUCUUCUGACCCGCAGACGAGCCCGGCCAACCCGGGCGUCUACGGCGUCCUCUACAUCCUUCCGCCCGCCGACGAGGCCGUCCUCGACAGGUGCGAGGGCGUGCCUUACGCCUACCAAAAGGAGAAUCUUCUCGUCACUGUCGUCUCCGCCACGGGCCCCAACGGCGGCGGCAACGACGACGACGACAGCAUCGCCCGUCCACGGAACGGUGCGACAAUCGCCGCCCUCGUUUACGUCGACAACGACCGGGUCGAACCCUCGACGCCGUGGGACGAGUACGUCGACCGCAUGAACCGCGGCGUCGACGAGGCCACCAGGCUCUUCGGCCUGCCGGCGGGGUACGUCGACCACGUCAUCCGGCCCUACAUCCCCGCAUCGGAGGAGGCGUCUGUCGCGGAUUACACGGCCAUCGGUGACCCUUUCAACGAGCGUGCUUGA